AUGUCAGUCAUGAAGCCUUUCUUGAUGACCACUGCAAUCUUUCUGACCUUGUUUCAAAAGACUCCAGGUGGCCUGUUCAGAUCCCACAAUGGCAAGAGCCAAGACACUUGGAACCCAUGCAAGCUUUACAAAGGCAUGUGCAGAAACACCUGCAGAGAACAUGAAAUUGAGUACUUUUACUGCCCCAACGACCAAAAGUGCUGCCUGAAACAUUCUAAGAAAAAAAAGAGUUCUAACACUGUGAAGGAAGAAUGCAGCUCCAAAUGCAAAACGCACACUACAGACACUUCAAGCUCCUCUCAAACGUGA